UUUCGCUGCUUAAGUUAUUCCUUCCUUUUUCCAGUUCUGGUCAGCUCAAGUUAUUCUUUUCUUUAAAAAGAAAAAUACAAAGAUCAAAUACCAGCCUCCGACUAAACUUCCAACAAAAAACCCACGCCACUUCACGUGGAGCCAUUUUUUCUGAACGUUCUACAAGAAUGGAACAAUGGACGACGGUAGCCGAGUCAAAGUCCAGCUCACCGGCCGAAGAACCGAACCGGAAAGAGUCGGAUCCCGAAAUGGACGCGGAUGAAUUUGUUAUUGUGCCAACAACAGAACCGGAGAAAGAAGAAGAGAAAGAGGCUCAGAAUCCGAAAGAGAAUGAGGUUCAAAGCGAGCGGUCACCGAAUCAAACAUCAACCGGGUCCAGGAAAUCUGUUCGUUGGAGCGCCGAGUUAGUUAGUGAAUCGCCUGCUGCGGAUCACAGCGUCACCAUGUCCGCUGUUAACGGAUCCAAUCCUUACAUUGCUCAGUCUCCUGCUCCGGAAUCAUUUUCGACUUCCUUCAAAGAGAAAAUGGACACUGUGAAGGAUGUCUUGGGGAGAUGGGGGAGAAAAGUGGGAGAAGCCACGAGAAAAGCCGAGGAUCUUGCAGGGAACACGUGGCAGCAUUUAAAAACAAGCCCGAGUUUGGCAGAGGCAGCCAUGGGAAGAAUCGCACAAGGAACAAAGGUUUUAGCAGAAGGUGGGUAUGAGAAGAUAUUCAGACACACUUUUGUAACGGAUCCGGAAGAGCAACUUGGGAAUUCAUUUGUAUGUUAUUUGUCCACGUCAGCUGGACCUGUCAUGGGAAUUUUAUAUGUAUCUACAGCAAAGCUUGCAUAUUGCAGUGACACUCCCCUUCCCUAUAAAAAUGGUACCCAAACUGAAUGGAGCUACUAUAAGGUAGUUAUCACAUUACAUCAACUUAAAGCGGUUAAUCCUUCGACGAGCCGACUCAAUUGUGCUGAAAAGUACAUCCAAGUUAUCACCGUUGAUAGUCAUGAAUUUUGGUUCAUGGGCUUCUUAAACUAUGACGGUGCUGUUACAUGCCUAAAGGAAGCUUUGCAACUCCAUAGCUGACAUCACAAUCUCUCGUGAUACUCCGUCACACGACGUUAUCGUGCAAUGGGUUUACUCGGCUGCUCGGGAUCGAGCAUCUGAUAAUACAUGCUCCCCUCCCUUGGAAGCUCUGAUGGCUGUUAAGGAGGAAAGAAUACAAAGAAUAUGUAUGUUCUGUUUUUUUCUUUAACAAAACGAUGUGACGAUAAAAAUGCUAUUGUAAAUCUCAAUGAUAUAGUUUAUAUUGGAGGAUAUAUAUUAUUUUAUGUGUCAUAAUUAGAUUUAAGAUAUCAUAUAUUACAAGUUUUUUCUAUUCUCAA